GCGGCCCCGGCGGAGGCGCGGCGCUGCGCCCGCCGCCCCGAGCUCGGCGCCGCCCGGCGUGGCCCCGCGCCCCUGGGCGGAGGGCGGCGGCGGCGGGGGCGCCGCGGAAGGCUUUCCGCGCCCGCCCCGCCUCGCCUCGCCUGCCGCGGCCGGGGGAUUAGUCAGCAGUCUGCGGGCAGCCCCGCUCCCGCGCAAACUCCGCGGCGGGGGCGGGGAGCGGCGCUCGCCCCUUCCCCUUCCCGCGGCGGGGCGGCGGCGGGGCUGCCCCCCGCGCACACCCCCCCGGCGGUCCGCGCCGCCGCUCCGCGGCGAGGGGCGGCGGGUUGGGGAGUCGGGCGCCGAGGGGCUGGGAAACUCCUCUCGGGCACGGCGGCGUUGCGGGAGGACGAGCGCCCGAGGCGCCCCGCGCACGCACACGGGCGGGCGGGCGCGCACACCCACCGCACACACACGCACACGCGCGGCGGCGGCCCCCGGCCCCCCGCAGCCGCGGCCGGCGGGGAGGCGGCGCCCGGCGGGGCUGCCCCAUGGUCUUGCGGGGGCCGUGGGGGAGCUGCGGGGGCCCCGGCGCGGCGCUCGCUCUCCUGCGCGCCCUCCGCACUAGGAUGUUGCGGCAGGUCUUGCACAGGGGGCUGGGGACGUCCUUCUCCCGGCUCGGCCACUUCGUCGCCAGCCACCCGGUGUUCUUCGCCUCGGCGCCCGUGCUCAUCUCCAUCCUGCUGGGCGCCAGCUUCAGCCGCUACCAGGUGGAGGAGAGCGUGGAGCACCUCCUGGCCCCCACGCACAGCCUGGCCAAGAUCGAGAGGAACCUGGUGGACAGCCUCUUCCCGGUGAACCGCUCCAAGCACCGGCUCUACUCCGACCUGCAGACGCCUGGGAGGUACGGCCGGGUGAUCAUCACCUCCUUCCGCAAGGCCAACAUGCUGGACCAGCACCACACCGAUCUCAUCCUCAAGUUGCACUCCGCAGUGACCAGGAUCCAAGUUCAAAGACCUGGUUUCAAUUACACGUUUGCCCAUAUAUGUAUCCUGAACAAUGACAAGACAUGCAUAGUGGACGACAUAGUGCAUGUACUGGAGGAAUUAAAGGCUGCUCGUUCUUCUAAUCGAACUAAUUUUGCAAUCACUUACCCGAUUACUCACUUAAAGGAUGGCAGGGAAGUGUACAAUGGGCAUCAGCUCGGUGGGGUCACCGUGCACAGCAAGGACCGGGUGAAGUCUGCAGAAGCCAUUCAGCUCACCUACUACUUGCAGGCAAUCAACUCCUUGAAUGACAUGGUGGCAGAGAAGUGGGAAUCCAUUUUUUGUGACACUGUUGAACUUUUCCAGAAAUCCAACAGGAAAGUCAAAAUGUAUCCUUUCACUUCCUCUUCGCUGAAGGAGGAUUUCCAGAAGACGAGCAGGGUGUCAGAGCGCUACCUGAUCACAAGCUUGGUCCUUGUGGUCACCUUGGCCAUUCUCUGCUGCUCCAUGCAGGAUUGUGUCCGCAGCAAACCCUGGCUUGGCCUGCUGGGAUUGCUGACAGUGACCCUUGCCACCCUGACUGCUGCCGGGAUCAUCAAUCUCACUGGUGGGAAAUACAAUUCCACCUUCCUGGGAAUCCCCUUCGUCAUGUUAGGUCAUGGGUUGUAUGGGACUUUUGAAAUGUUGUCCUCCUGGAGAAAAACUAGAGAAGACCAACACGUUAAAGAGAGGACUGCAGCUGUAUUUGCAGACUCCAUGCUCUCGUUUUCUCUCACCACUGCCAUGUACCUGGUCACUUUUGGAAUAGGUGCCAGUCCCUUCACUAACAUUGAAGCAGCCAGGAUUUUCUGCUGCAAUUCCUGUAUUGCAAUUUUCUUCAACUACCUCUAUGUACUCUCCUUUUAUGGUUCCAGCCUGGUGUUUACUGGCUACAUAGAAAACAACUACCAGCAUAGUAUCUUCUGCAGAAAGGUACCAAAGCCAGAGGUAUUGCAAGAGAAGCCUGCAUGGUAUAGGUUUCUUCUGACAGCCAGAUUCAGUGAGGACACGGAUGAUUCAGAGGAAACGAACACUUACGAGAGUCAUCUUUUGGUGUGGUUCCUGAAACGCUAUUAUUGUGACUGGAUAACAAACACUUACGUCAAGCCUUUUGUAGUUCUCUUUUACCUUGUUUAUAUUUCCUUUGCCUUAAUGGGCUACCUGCAGGUCAGUGAGGGGUCAGACCUGAGCAACAUCGUAGCGACUGCAACUCGGACCAUCGAGUACACAACUGCCCAGCAGAAGUAUUUCAGCAACUACAGCCCGGUCAUUGGGUUCUACAUCUAUGAGUCAAUCGAGUACUGGAACACCAGUGUCCAGGAGGACGUGCUGGAGUACACCAAGGGCUUUGUGAGGAUAUCUUGGUUCGAGAGCUACUUAAAUUACCUUAGGAAACUCAACAUAUCUACUGGAUUGCCGAAGAAAAAUUUCACUGAUAUGUUGAGGAACUCCUUCCUGAAGACCCCUCAGUUUGCCCAUUUUUCAGAGGAUAUCAUCUUUUCCAAGAAAUACAACAAUGAAGUUGAUGUUGUGGCCUCCAGGAUGUUCUUGGUGGCCAAGACAAUGGAAACCAAGAGGGAAGAACUUUAUGACCUCCUGGAGACCCUGAGGAAGCUCUCGCUCACCUCCAAGGUGAAAUUCAUCGUUUUCAAUCCAUCAUUUGUGUACAUGGAUCGUUAUGCCUCUUCAGUGGGAGCCCCCUUACAAAACUCCUGCAUUAGUGCUUUAUUUCUGCUCUUCUUCUCUGCAUUCCUGGUGGCAGACUCUCUGAUCAAUGUCUGGCUCACUCUAACUGUUGCCUCGGUUGAAUUUGGAGUUAUAGGUUUUAUGACCUUGUGGAAAGUGGAACUAGAUUGUAUUUCUGUGUUGUGCUUGAUUUACGGAAUUAAUUAUACAAUUGACAACUGUGCUCCACUGUUAUCAACCUUUGUCCUGGGCAAAGAGUUCACAAGAACUAAAUGGGUGAAAAAUGCCCUGGAAGUGCAUGGGGUAGCUAUUUUGCAGAGCUACCUCUGCUAUAUUGUUGGUCUGAUUCCUCUUGCAGCUGUGCCUUCAAAUCUGACCCGUACACUGUUCAGGUGCUUGUUUUUAAUAGCAUUAGUCACCUUCUUUCACUGCUUUGCCAUUUUACCUGUGAUACUGACUUUCCUGCCACCCUCCAAGAAGAAGAGGAAAGAGAAGAAGAAUCCUGAAAACCGUGAGGAAAUAGAGUGUGUUGAAAUGGUGGAUAUGGAUAGCACCCGAGUGGUUGACCAAAUUACAACAGUCUAACUUGAUUUGUCAGUUGCUUUUUUACACUAGGUCUUACUGAGAAAAAAGAAAGAAACCAGUACUGACUAAAUGUGUGGGGACAGGAAGGAGAUUAGAGGUUUUCCCCUCCUUCCUCUAAGCUAAAUCCAGGAAUAUUCAAAAUUAUGGGAGAAAUUUAAAAUAAAUUUUUUAAAAAAUUAAAAGAGCCGGGGUAUCGUACCUUGCUCAGUUCCUAUAACAGGUAAUAUGGGAGAAUUUGCACACCCAUGCAAAGAGAGGUUAAAAUUUAGAUGCAUAAAGUAAGAUCUAAUGGAAGAAGUUGGGUUCUUAAGCAGUUGUCUGCAUCGCCUGUACUGCAGAUGCUGCAAUUAUUGUGGCUAAACCAAAUCAUGUUGAAAGGUCAACUGUCAAGGCUGAAGUAGCACUAAAUGUUCGCUGGAUGUAAAGGCUUUACAAACUUUCUGCACAGCAAUAACUCAAGUCAGUGAGUCAGCUCUUAUAAGUCUUUGCCAUCACAUUUAAUUUUUCUUUUCUCCCCUAAUCUAAACAUUUAUGCAAGACUAUAUAAAAGAUAGCAAACUGUACUGGGAAAGAAGGCAGUACACAGCAACCAAGUGCUUUCCAAACACUUUUAUGUUAUGAAUCACUUUUUUUUUUCUAAGAGUAUCAUUAUUUUAAAAUGGAAAUCAUCCCUUGUAACAUUUUUAAUCAUGGUUUUAUAGCUGUUUCUUUUUCUUAUAAAAACAAAAAAGAACAAAAAAAAGGAACAAAAAGAUCCAUGUGACUCUGUCACUAGAAAAUAUAUCAUUGUAUUUUAUACAUGUCUCACUACUAGUUAAACAUGUAAUCUGCUUUACCAACUGUAAUUUUGUUAGCACUCUACUAAGACAUGUGAGUGGAUCUAGCAGCAGACAGAAGAUGGUGUACUGAAUAUUUCAGCACCAAAAUCCAUGAUACAAACCUCAAAUACUAAAAUGUCAUCAAGAAAGUGAAUGUUAGGGCUCUUUUAGUGAGAGCCUAUUUCAGGCCAUUCACUGGUAAUGCACACUAAGAGGAUUAGUGGAUAGUUUUACAUAAUGUAUAACUUAAUCCCUCACUCUUCCUAGAGUACCUGUAAAGCAAUAGACCUUGCAGCUAUGGGCUCUUCCAGGAGACAGUAGACAGUAAGAGUUGGGUGGAACAAACCGAAGGUUGGGACCGUGGUUUGGCAGCAGCAAGUUUAACAAUGUCCCAAAGAGCCCGUAUCUAAAAGGCCUAUCAAAAACAUCUGAGAGGGAAAGAAAAAAAAAUUAAAAGAUUACAUUACUGAGUCUUUUUGGAGCCAUGAGUUCUAAAUCAAUAAUUCUGUCAGCAUCUGUGAUGUGGAGUAAUACAGAUAAAGCAGCAUCUCUUCCCUCCUCCGCCCCCUCCAUCCUUAAGAGCGACAGGCUCAUUACUGCAAGGUUUCAUCAUGUGGUUGAACCCCAGUGGGAAUAUGUAAGCCAAUUCUGUAGGUUUUGCUGAGAGUAUUCUGACCAUACAUUGCCUGUGAAAACCCAGUAGCAGGAAGCUGGCCUGGUGUGUCAGGUGGUUUCAUAUGGACUGUUUGUGGUGCAACAUGAAUGUAUUCCAACCAGACCCCCUUUUGCAGCUCAUGAAGAAACUAAGAGUACUUGAAAAGUUUUCAGUAUUUGGCACAAAGUUUGCUUCAAUGACAGUAUCUGGAGGGGAAGGGGGCAUUGCAGGAGCCAUGGGGCUUGGAGGACUGGGAGCACCAUGGCUCGGGAAGCUGCCUGUGGUACCUGUAUGGUCACUAGGACGUCCAUGGUCACAAACCCAGGAUGUGCUUCAUUGCAGGAAACAUCUCUUUAGCACCCAAAUCACAGUGACCCCCAAAUGCCCUGUGCAAAACCUGCAAAUGCUACCUACUGAAUAUUAAUUUUCAAGCAAAGAGAUACUUCUGACGCAUCCUUCCUAGCGGAAAAUAAGAUAACCAGAUAUUUUGCCCUGAAGCAAAAUGUUACAUUCUCACUAGCAAAACAAGUCAGCAGUGCAGCUGGCAACAUUUGCUUUCCCCUGGAUAAGUCCCUUGCCUAACCAGAAGAAAGGAAGCUGUGUCCAGGAACGCACAGGCUCUUUGCUUAAGUAAACAACAGUUGCUUCGGUAGCAGCUGGGAAGCUGUAACAACAACUUCAGCCUUGGCAGAACACAGGCGGACACCUUGAAGACAGCCAAAUGAAUGUAAGUCUAGGAAAAAGAGCUGUUUCCCCUGUUUUCUUUAGACUCAGGCUUGGGGCUAUGUUUUCCAGCCAAAAAAUCUUCCUUAAAUAUACUUCCAGUGUAGAUUUUCUAUGAUCGUCAGUAUGCUGUUUAAAUACCAGCCACCCUGUCCCCUGGCUGUUCAAUGGGCAGCUGCAGUGGCUUUUAAACUUCUGACGGCAUUAGCAAAUUAGCUGAGAGUUACAAUGGAAUUGCAAUUCCUCUGCAGUAAUCUACUGACUUGUGGGACACUUGGAACUGGGACGUGUCAAAGAGGUUGUUUGUACACUGCCAAGAGGAAUACAUGGCAAACACUGAUUUUACACCUCUGCUGUCCCUCAUGCUAUCAUUUGCAAACACCACAUGCCAAGAUAGUUACCAUAAACCUCCUCACAUCUAAUUGCAGUGCAUAGACAGGAGCAUCUUUAAAGAGAUGUCCAAAGACAAGCUUGCAGUUUCACAGAUCUCUUAUUAAAUCUCACCAUGUGAGGCCUUCAGAGAUCUCCAAGAAAGGUGAUAAAACCAGGCAUAAAAUUACUUCUCUAUCUCCAAAGCUGUCAGAAAAAGGAUGUGGAGGCAUUCCUGUGACAAAGUGCUGCAGGAGAGGCUUGAACGUUCACAGAAGGCAGGGUGAGAAGUCAUGCAGUCCACUCCCUUGACCCCAGGGCAGAGCCAACAACAUUUAAAUAAUUUCUGAAGGAUGUUUGUCCAGCCCAUUCCUAGAAGUCUUUUUAAGGGCAGAUUCCUCUCCCAGCAGUUCUCCCCCAAUGCCGUGUUACCCUCUGCAGUAACCAGUAACUCCUGCUAGCCACCCAAGACUGGGAUGGAGAAGAGGAGCCAUGCCCCUCUCCACACAGGGACAGGACAGGCAGGAGACCGGAGCAUCCCCAAAAGAGAGAAAACCCAGAACAGAGCCAAAACCAACUCACAUACAUUUUUCACUGUGUUUCACAUCAAGCUGCCAUUCUGUUCCCCACCUCCAGGGUUGGCAAGGUGCAGCCACAGACAUGUCCAAGGUGCACUCAAGCCCAGGUCCAUGAGACUUCUGCCUGAAUCCUGAUGUGUCUGAGGGAUGCACCAAAUGCUUCUUCUCUGCAGGUAGCUUGAAUACCUCAACAUGAACCAUGUUCUCAAGGUUUCAGACUAUGCUAAGCCACUUUGGCCUUCCUCCCCUUCAACUUUUUCCUCUGGAGCAGUUACCUUCACCAAAGUCAAUGGACUUCCCUGCGCCGAUGGAUUAGUAGGUGCAGAUGCAGCCCUCUGCUCUCAGUCCAAAGCACUCCCAGUGGCUAACUGUGCAUAAGAUUUUACCCUUACUGGUGAACCUCCAGUUUGGAAGACUACCUAGGCUUAAGCAGGUUUUUGUCAUACUCUUAAAUGGCUUUUUAGCCCAGGUAUCACUGUGGUUUUGUUUGCAAUAUAGAUGAUCCAAUUUUUUUUAUAAAUUCAGUGAGUAGAACAGACUAUUAUACACUGUCAGGCACUGACUAAAAUCUAACAGUGAAAGUUUUAGCUAAGGCUAACAAGGCUAUGUAGGACUAUGGCUCACUGAGCACAUAUAUCUUCUACAAACAUUAAAAUUCCCAUACAGUAAAGUAUGGUGUACAGUAUAUUUUUACUACAGGGUAAGCAUGGGGGAAAAGAGCCAACCUACUUGCAUAUGGCCCUCAAGAUCAAUACAGUUUUCUUGUAAUAUAACUUCUGAUGUGUUAGCACAAGUCCACUUUCAAUUUACAAUUACUCUAACUGGGGAAAAAAAAAAGAAAGAAAGAAAAUUUGUUAUAGCUGGAAUAACUAUGCCAUAAAAAUUAAUUGAUGAAGACAGAAUUUUCUGCCCAAAGCAGAAAUGUGGAAGUGUUCUAGUUAGAUUAAAACUAGAGCAAGAAAUAUCGAGAAAAACCUGUCUGUCAAAGAAAAAGAGUUUCUUUUCCAAAGACAAGCAAAUACACUUAUUGUGGUCAACUGCAUGAAUCUGGAGGGAAUACAGUACCAAAGUGGCCUGAGGUUAUGUUGAGUCAUGAGAGGAUUCACAUCUGCUCUAUGAAGCCUUCUGUGCCAGCACUGAAUUCAGGUAAAACAUGUACUGUAAAUUGAAAGGUGUACUUUUAAAUGGUUUUUUUCUAGGCCGACUGUCCUCCUGUGAGCCAUGAAAUCCCACAUCAGCCAACAUCUUUAUUUUUAUUCAAAGGGGAAACAAAACUAAGUGGUGGCACGACUGGGCAGAGAUCAGGGGAGUCCAGAAGGAAGACUGGCAUCUCUGAAAAACAGAGCCAGCAAAGCAAGUGGGUUGUGGGAGAAGACCUGGUGACUUCAAGACUUAGCAGAGUGGUGGUUUUUCCUAUUUUGUUAACUUGGGAAGCAAAUGGCAUGUUCAGGGAGACAGGUACAGGGAAGGGAAGCCGAGUUAAUAGGAGUCAGCUCUGGGUUUGCUGUGGACUCCAGCUGCAGUAGCUCCUCUGGCAUGGUUGGGAGCUGUGGGAUGGGAGCAUGGGAGGGGAGGGAUGGCACUGCUGUGUGGGCACUGGGGAUGCCAGACCAGGGGCUGUGGUGGUGCCAUUGCCCUUGUCCCCAUCCCACAGCCCUUCCCCGGGGUUCCUGGGGUUUUCAGCCUGCAGAGAGCAUCAGCUGCUGUGUAGGAACAGCUCCUCAAGAUUCUCACUCUGGCAGCACCGCUGGCGGGCUCUGCUGAACCUGUGCUUGCAUGGUAAGGCACGAGCCCUGUAGGAAACCACUUUCUGGAAGCUCUUGCUUAGAAAGAAUUACCCAGAGCCUUUUACUCCCCUGCCUUUGCACAUGUUAAAAGACUGAUCCAUAAAAAUCAGAUUGUACAAUUUAGCUAAUUUAGCUAGUAGGGACAAAGUAUUUCUUCCAUGGCUUUAUCCCUACAUUUAUCACAAAAAGUACUUGUCAUUUAUUUUCUUAUCAAUAUUGUGAAAUAAGUAAGCCUUUCUGGGGUACACACCAGUCUGUCAAGAAGGAGGUGGGGAGGGGAAGAGCCCCUUCUCCUUCCCCUUCCCAAAGGUAGGAAGCAUCUUCCACCCAUGGCCAGGCACUACACCACCACUGCAGGGCACCCCCAGUGACCCCAGUGCAGUGGAGUGGGGAGGGCAACCUUGUCCCCCCUGCCCAAUCCUGUUAGAGAACAGGGAGAAGCUUUAACUCCAAACUGUGGGGGGGAUGAACCCCCAGGAAGCCCCUGGGAAACCCAUCCACUGCCAGGAAAGCGCAAUGGCGAACUUCUCGUUUGGUUGGGAUUCCUUGAGAAAGACAUGGCAAAAGCAUCCCAGGAGGGCAUUUGAACACAAAUUCCUGUCCAUGGUGCGUGGGUUGGAGCAGAACGGCAUGCCCUGACAUGCCACCCCUUGCCCUGUUGUCCUGGCACAGCUUCCUGCUUGGAGAGAGGGCACCUCAGCAUCACGCGCGCCUGCCUGGGGCAGCCGCUUCUCAGGCACAAAUUGUUCUGAUGUUGUUGGCAUUCUGCAAGUCAUUACCUUUUUUUGAUUUUGGGGAAAAACAAGAAAAAAAGAUCGGCAGAAACAAUUCUAGAUUAUUUAAACUCCAAGAAGUCUUAAUCUGUGCAUCAAAUAAAUGGCUUGCAAGAUGUCAGGGGUUUUCGUUUAGGCUUUUUUUAACCUAUUUUUACUAUUUUUGUAUUAAUUUAGGGAAAAUUGUAUAAUGAAUCUCAAUGUAUAGCAUAAGCCUAAAAUAAAAUGGCUGUCUCUCUCUUUGCUUCCUGUGCUCCCAAACUGCUACCAAAAUCCCAUGCCAUCACCGAUGCAGCAAACUGAUUUUCCUGGCCUAACCCAAACAAUCAGGAUGAGCAGGCUCUCCAGGUCCCCACAGAGAGGGGUGGUGCAGUAGUUCAGGGGCCCCUGCUCAGUACAGAGCCAGCAAUGCCCCCAGCACAAUGGGCAAGCUGCUUUUCCAGGAGCCCCUCUUGUUCCAGGCUAGACACUGCUCAGCAGCAAGCACAGGGAACACCACAUCCAUUCAUUUCCAUGUUAUUGGGAUCUAAGUGCUUUCUGGGGGUGUUCUAGAUAACCCAGCAGAACCCCAGCCUCGGCAGGCAAACCAAUAGGUAAGGCAAAAAUCUGAAUCUGAUUUGAUCAAAAAUUACAGGUUAUUUCCUCAGACAAGAACCAGCCCUUCUGAGAGCUGGUAGGUAGGUAGACCUGAAGUAUUACUGUUGAACAGAAGUAUUGCAAAUGAACAGAAUUAUUACUACUAAAAAUUUCUUACCAAGACCUUACCAUGCACAAACUUAGAAGCCCCAUCAUCACUGAGAGAUUUACCUCUGCCACCAGCAGAACCACAGCUGCUGCUCCAGGAUCUUCUGAUGUUCAAUCAUCUUCUUCCCAUGCCCAUGCAGAUAACCCAUUUACACUUCUUUCCUAAUGUUUUGGAGAUGGGAAGCAGCAUCCCUACAUCCCUACAGGUCCAUUUGGACCAACUGCUUCAAAGGAGAAGCAAAGCACCCCACCAGGAGAUGAGGGGGACAGCUACAGGUGCUCUAUAGAAAUGAGAUAUGAAUCACUUUACUACAAAACACAGGUGAGCCAGAUCCAAUCCCAAGUCACUGCAACAAAUAGCAGGGGUUUGGGGGUUUUGGCUACCAUGGGCUUUCAGCCACUUUAGUUUAAUGGGAAGUUUGGGUCUGGAAUUUAGAGGUAAUUCCUGUCACCUGUUAUGGCUCCUGGCCUUGUCCCUUUCAGCCAUUCUAUCUCAUUGCCUUAAACUCAGAAUCCAGAAGCACUGUUGCCAGAAAUUCUGUCUGAAACUGAAACUCAAACUACAUCAAUUUUUCUAAUUGCCAGUGUAAUAUAAGAGAGGCUAUGUCUAAGCAUCACACAGGAACUCAAAAAAGCAAAACCCCCAUACCAGGCUGGUGUUCUUCAUUUGUGUUAGCAAGCACUCCUUCCUGCAAAUCUCCACUGAUCUAAUUUACAAAAUUCAGGCUUUCCAAAUGUUUAAUCAGCACAUUUUAUUCUGAAAAAUCAUCUGUAUGUGUAUCCUCAAAAUAAAGGCAUGUUAAAUCUGAUUUUUAGCUUAUCAAGGGAUACAGUUCAGCCCAACAAAUGUUCGUGAGCAGCAUGUCUGAAUUCCACAUGCAAUUCUUACACUGCUGCAUACAAGUCAGAAUAUUUUCACUCCCAAAUACUACAUUUCCUUAGUUAUACAACUAUUUUGCACAAAGAAACUAGGCAGGAUUGUGGACCCAGAACAGUGAAGUGUGCUCAUGUUUCUCAUGUUUACAUUCAUCCUGUAAAUAUCACUUGAACUUGUAAAGGUUAAUGGCAAUAUGGAACUCAUUGAGAAGAACAGGGUUUUAUUGCUGAUUUCAGUUUACUGGCAGAAUAUAACUGACAUGUAUGCCAAGCACUAGCUAGAAAGAACCAGGGAAUACAACAUCCAACAGUCCAUCAACAGAGAAAAAAGUACACUUGAAAAUUUAUAUAUAUGAGAAAUGUAAGAAUCCUGUUAAAGGCCUUAGCUGAGUAUCCAGAAUAUAGAUAGCAUAUGUUGUAUAUGAAUGCAGAAUAUUCCAUUCUGAUUCUUUCUGGCCACAUUGAAUCCUCUGAAAUAUGCUCUGUUCUGUGAGGAGGCCUACUUUUGAGCAAAACUGACAUUUGUCUUCUUAGAAAUUACCAAUUUGCACAGGUGAAGUUUGCUGGAAACAAAAUUUUAAAUGUAUACAAACAAACUGAUGCCAGAAAACACAAUUUGUAAAAAAUAUGCCUUCACAUACUGAUUAUAUUUCAUAAUAAGCAAUCUGUUCCCUGAUGAGUAAAAAAUGAUUUUUUAUUUGUCAGCUAUAUUCAGGAAAAUGAGAUGCCCCACUAAUGUAUAUAUAGUGCCUACACCCCCACACCAAUUAUGUAUUUCUUAUACGCCCAACAGAAGUUGGCUCUGUAUAAAGAGGAGGAAAAAGCCAACCUAGAAAUGUAGUUGAAAGCUGGUAGGAAGAAUAGUUUAUCUGUACUGAGAUUAGUAAUGGAUCAGCAGGGGAGGAGCAACAAAAAAAGUUUGGUAAGGAGUUUGGGAACAAAGAAACUGGCUGCAGAAAUGCAGAGCUGUCAAUAAAACUCAAGUUUUAUUGUGUCAGGAGGAUGAGAAAGAAAUUAUAUAAAAAUUUCUGAGUUGCAAAGGGAAGGAGGGUCUAGGCUAGUAUGAGACUGAGAAAAAUCAUCUGUGUGUCAGACUAGCAGCUGUAAUUUGUAUUAAGGCUGUUUAAUAAAAAACAGGAUCUGUCCAUACAAGGAAAAUAAAAAAUCACAGCUGCAUAAUCAUAUUAUUUCAAAUAUAGGUUCAGUACUUCAUUGUUUUGGAAUAAAAGAAGGAUAUCAUUCAUAAUCUAAUCUGGAGCCCAGAUCUGGAGAAUUUAACAUGAUAUAUAAACAGUAUCAUGCAGAAAAAGAGAUUGGUCAUGGAUUCUGGCUCAUAACUUACUUAAAAAUGACAAAUUGACCCUCAUUAUUUUACUGCAGCUCUUUCUUAGAGAAGAGCGGCUGACUUCAAUGUUCUGAAAUAGCCAUACCUUUCUGACAAAAUACUCGUGUGUUGGAAGGAUUUCUUUUCCUUUCUUUUCUUUUGAAGAUACGAUCAAUUUUCUCUCUGGAUGAAGUGAGCCCUCAGGCACAUAACCUGCAGCAAGAAGUGGGAAAUUCCAGCUCCCUUAAGGUGGUUCCUGAUUCAAGAACAUCCAUCUGCAAUUGAAUCUCUCUUUUCUUUGCUCUGUGGAUGCUAUUGCAGGCUGUUCCAGACCUGUCUACUGACAGUUUGACCCAUCAGUAUAUGGUACCCCUCUUUGCAAGAGAGCUGGAGCUCUGCCAAGCAUCUCCUGGUGCUGGCUCUAGAGGCAGUGGCCACAUUAUAAUUUCAGGAUUAUUCCUGCUGAUUAGCCCAUCUCAUGGGAGCCUUUCUGUCAGUACCUUGGAUCCUCCUGGAAGGGUGGCUGUCACAGGACAACCAACAACAUUCUGCUGACCUGCCAUGGCUCUGAUAUACACAAGUGACGUAACAUUAUUAGAUCUAGCAAGGAGAAGCAUCCAAAGCUCACUGUCAGGGCAUCAUAUGAUACUUAAUAUCACCAUCUGUGAUGAUGUUUAUAAGACAGAUUUAUUGUAUGGAAUUUGCAGAAAUAGGGAGAGGAAAGAGAGAGAAUCUCAAUUAAAUUGCUGGUUCGGCACUUUCCAAACCUCUCUAUCUAAGGAGGCGUUCUCACUUCACAGUCAGUGGUGAUACCAAACCUGAGGAAUCUCAUUUAUAGAGAAAUAUUAAAAGAAUUUGGCUAAGAAAGGGGAAAUGUGGAGCAGUGAUAUGUGACUUCAGAAUUAUGGAUAAGAUUGCUAACAUCAGUGAGUUCGUUUGGUUGGUUGGUUUGGGUUGGUUUGGUUUGGUUUGGUUUUGCCCAGCAUAUGCUUCAAAGCUGGAAUCUCAGAAUACAAAAUAUACAAAGUGAAAAGCAAAUAAUAAAUUCAUGGAGAACAUUUCACAGGUAGAAAUGACAAAUACAUAUUGGAAACUAUAAAGUCAAGGGAGACAAAAAAAGGCAACUCAGAUGAGAAAUGCCUAGAUUUAUUGUAGAGAACUCCACAAAAACCUGGACAGAAAACCUCCUAAAUGUACUCACAGCCCUGGAGAGCUCUUUAGGUGGUCUGUUCCAGCAGCAGAUCAAAAAUGAGGUAAGAGUUUUAAAUUAUUGACAACUACAACUGACAGAGCUUUAAAGUGAGGAACCUGGGUAGGGGAGAAACGGAAAUUUUUAUGGGAAAAAUACUUCAAUGAAGUACUUACUCUUUGUGUUCAUCAGCACCUCUCCACAGACUUCUCACGAGUUACAGCUACUAACAUUUGUUUAAAGCACCACCCAGCACAUUCAGACAACUGCUCUCCCCUUCCCCUGGAAGCCAAAGGGUGAGUUUCAUUUUGUCAGUCUGCUUUCAAGGCGAAUGAUCCCAUGACAGUGUCUGAGUGACAAAGGACCUGAGACACAGAGGCGAGCACAGACCAGAACAGGAGACCCGUACCUGAGCCAUGGCAAGGCAAAGCAUUGUUCCUCCUCCAUCAGACAGCUGUGCAAAAGAGGGCAGUCCAAUUUCUAAUGUACUUUAAAAGCUUAUAAGAAGAAUUGGCCUCUGUGGUACAGUGUGGUUUCCCUAAGCAGCAGAUGUGCUAUGGAUGCUGUCCAGGCAUCCUUAGGCCUAUGCUCCCCCAAAUCUUAGCAGCCCUCAGCUUUUGGCUUCACACCACACAGCCCCUCUGACUCUCAUAUUGCAAGCUUUAUGGAGAUACCUUUUUGGUGAAAAAGACUUUGCUCAGAACAAACAAAUAUUUUUAAAUAUGAGCUCUUCUAUUCACCCCAGAAGGUUUCCACACCUGCCAUCUCUAUUGUCUGUUGGUACAUCUGGAAAUGAAGGUGGCCACAGCGGGAAGGAGAGAAAGCAAGCAAAAGUCCCAUCAUUUCAGUUAAGUGGCCGCUAGUUUUGUGAGGCUCAAUUACCAGUAAUUUUGUGAGCCUCAUUUUCCAGUAUCAAACUUUUAAAAGGUGCUCACUGUUCAACUCCCAGGCCAAGAAGUACUAUGAAUUUUCACUAUACUCCAAGCAGAGUAUAACCGCUGCAUUGAAAUCAUGUUGCCCAGUGGAAAUAAAGCAUUGGGAAGGGGAGGAGAGCUGAAUAGGGUUGCUGGAUUUGAAAUUUUCAGCAGAAAAGACAGGGUUUUUUCUUUUUAAAGAAAAUUCACAUUUUUUCCUUUGUUCUGAAAGGAGAAGUCUUCAAGUCUGACAAACUCAACGCACAUAAAAUCAUAUACCAAACUUCUGUUCAGGAGUGGAGAGGCCAGACGUGAGCUGAGAAAAGAUAUCAAGGCAGUAGCAAAUGAAAACAAUGGCAAACAUUGCUAAACUUCUAUGGAAAUACGGAUUUGAAUGCAUAAUCAGCUAAAUGUUACCAAAAAUCUCCUGAUGCAGGAAAAAUAAGGUCAGGGAAAGAUUGCCAAAAAACCUUUUUAUGAGUUUUAACUUCUUGUAUGGCUUAUUUGUAAGGUCAAAAGAUCUGUGGCUUUCACACUUCAUUCAAAUCUGUAGCUGGUUUUUUAGACAUAAUCAUCAUCCUUUUUAGACAUAUUAAUGAGUUAUCAUUAAUAUACAUUCAGUCACUGACCAAAUACAAACCAUACUAAGGUGGCCAGCCAUAGAUCUCAAGUAGUCAAAGGUCAUCCUUUACAGCUACCCCCACUCCUAAAAUACAUAUAAAGUUUUUCACAGAUAAAUGGGAAAAAUCUAUACAAAAUUCUAACCUAUGUGAAAACAAUUUGCUUUAAACAGGCCAAACAGAAUUGAAAAAUUGUUUGCAGCAAGUACUUUUAUAGGCUCAAAAUGUGACGGUAAAGUAGCUCUAUUCAAGCCUUUUGAAGAGAAUGAAUGUGAAAAAGCAUAUGGAGUGCAAUUUAAAGAAGCAAGCAAGCGAAUCAUGACCAGAGAAUGUCUAUAAAACCUUGGCAGUUGACCUUCAGUGGGUGAGGAUGGUAAGUGGUUUGGAGAAUCAGCAUUUCAUCAAGUGGUUGAGUAUAUUUUUACCCUUUUCAAAUAUGAACCAGCUCAUCAGGUAAAAACUGAUCAUGCAAGGUUUGUCCAUUUGCCUGCUCUCAGUGAGCAUGAAAUGAGCCUGUGGUUUCUGCUGGCUAGUUAAUUCCAGUAUGUUUCUGUUAACCACAAAGGGGACAAAAAACAGAAAUAAAAAUGCCCCAAAUGUUGUUUUUGUUGUUUUUUUUUUUUUUCUCAAGAAUCUAUCCUACACCUCCCAUUACCAUUUCCUUUUGCUAUGCCAGACCUCUCUUAUGAAAUUCCCCACUUUUGGCCAGUUGACUCAAGCGCUCCCCUAAUACACUCUUGCAAUUGUAAGUACUCAGGGGUUCCACUAAAGGGGUGGCUGGAUGCAGCUUCAGGACUAAUUGUAUCCUAUGACUUAUAGAAUUAUGCAUCAACAGCUCAAAGGACACAAUUACAAGGUGAACUAUUGUGACACACACUGUGUAAUGUCAUACAAUCAAAUGCAAUGUUUAGUAAACAUGAACCUCUUUGUCAUUUUGUAUUUAUUUAUACAGGUUUAAAAAAAUAAAAAUAAAGCACACAUUUAAAAGUAUCCCUUUCUCCAUUGUGUCUCUGCAGUAUUAUGCAACUUCCCAUGGAGGCUGAUGGGAAGGUAAUGACUCGGUCAGUGCCUAGGGAACUAGGCAAUGACUAGCAAGGAAUACACAGUUCUUGUUUGUAUUGAAUUAUACCUGCAAAGAGAGGGAUACAACCUUCCAGAGACUGUGGGAGAGAAAAGGAAUGGCUCACCAGGCAUCUGCUAGGAGCUGCCUCGGUGGGAACACCAAAUUUCUGCAGAAGUAGGAGCCUUAACUAAGUCACUGCCUAAAGGACUGCAUCUUUCCAGCAACGUGCCAGGUAGUUAUGAAACCACAGUGAACACUGCUUUGAAGUCUCUGGAGAGUCCUUUGGAAGUAAGCAUAGAAGAGCACAUAGUCCCUGCCCUAUCAGAACUGUAACGAAAAGCAAUACAUGAAAAGCAAAGAAGAUGCUUGUCCAAACCAGCCCUCAGAAAUGAGAAGCAGAGCAUCACUCCAGAAGACAGGGUAGAAUUGGUGCUAAAUUCAAGGAGAGGGAUAUGAUGAAGAGUGUUUUACUGCUGGCUGAGCACUAAUGGAUUUGGAGCUGUUAACUGUAGUCCAGAGGCAUCCUGAAAUGGCUUCAAGAGCAGCAGAAAAGAAAAGCAGCUGCACCCAACUGUAGCAGAGCCUUUAUUCUUUGAAAAUGGACAUCAGCAUUUUCUUUUGCCUCUGGUCUUUAUAUGCCUGUUUUGUAUCACUGGGAAAAAAAAAAAAAAACCUGAGAAAAA